UCCUCUUUUUUCUCUUCACUUCUCCCCUCUCCUUUCCUCCCCAGUUUCAUCAUGAAAAGUUUAAGUGCUUAUUCUCUGCUAGGCACUAUCCUAAUAAAUGCUGGAAAUAUAAAAAAGGCAAAAAUAUUCCCUGCCCCUUUUCUCUAUGUAGCCGAUUUGUACAUAUUUGUUUGCUUCUUGUCUCCUCCAUUAGAUUAUCAGGUUCUUGAUGGCAUGGGCUAUCUUUUGCUUCUUUUUAUAUUCCCAGUGCUCAGCACAGUACCUGGAAUACAGUAGGCUCUUACUAAAUGUUUAUUGACUGACUAAUGAGAGGGACAGCAUGUACAUAGGUACAUGUAAGAAGUUAGGGUGAUCUUAAAGGAGAAGGUGCUAGCAAGUGGAGAACUGGAAAAGGUCUCCUGCAGAAUAUUAGAUUUUAGCUAAAUCUUUAAAAGAGUAUUUCUUUUUAUUCUGAACUCCGAAAACAUCAAAUAAAAUGGGCAUAGUAGGACAAAGAAAGGCUUCCUUGAAAGUACAGAGAGCCCACUUUUCUUUUGACAUGAAUAAUAAAGCCAACCUGUGGCUUUUAAGCCAUCCUGCACAUUUCUACUUCCUUCUGGCUUGCCUUCUAUUUUCUUCUGUACUGUUUUUAAAAAGAUACUUCGAUGACCCUCUUUUCUUUUUCUUUUCUUUUUGUUCCUCGAUUUUUAUCCUCGCCUUAGAAAAAGAAAAAAGAAAAACAAAGCCUUUGUCAAACAAAGCAGAUUCCCAUAUAAACCAUGACUGGAAGUAUAUAUCUUAUUUUGCACUCUGAAACUAUAACUUCUCUGUUAGAAAUGGAAUAACAUACUUCAUUCUUAAUCCCUUGCAAUCAUGGUUUGUCAUCACAUUAAUUGGAAUCCUCACAUCUUUCAAAAUUGGUUUUCUUUAUAAUGUUGUUAUUCUAUAACUUAUUCUCCUGGGAGAACUUAUGAUCUUUUCCCCCAAACCCACCUCUCUAUAGAACUUUCCUAUUUUUGUCUAGACUUCAUUCUCCCUCAUCUCAUUUCUUAUCAGUUGUUACUUCCUGUGACUUCUACUUUCAUAACAUCUCUUCCAUCCAUACCAUUCUCUGCACUUCUAUAGACACCACUGUAGUUAGGGUGUCCUCUCACUUGGACUCUGCCAUGGCCUCCUAAUUGGUCUCCCUGCACCUGGUUCUUGCCUCGUUAAUCAGUCUUUCCUAGAUGUGCCAGGAUGAUAAUGCUAAAACACACAUCUGACCAUGUCACUCCCUUACUCAAGAAGCUCCAGUGGUUCCCUCUUAUCUCUAGGAUCAAUAUGAAUUCCUCCAUUAGACAUUUAAAGCUCUUCACAGUUUCACUCCAGACUCAUUACAAAUUCUAUCCCUUCAUGCAAUCUGUAUUCUAAGCAAACCAGCCUAUUUGCUGUAUCCCAUCUUUUUUCUCCAUGUCAGGAAUUCACUUUCCUUUCCUCUAACCUCUGACUUCCUUUGAGCCCCUUUCUUCAUGAAGCCUUUCCUGUUCCCCUCUCCCCACUGUACUUUGUAUAUAUUUUGAAUCUACUUAUAAAAAUUCAUAUUGUUUCCCUUGAGACAAUGUAAGCUUCUUGAGAACAGAGACAUUACAUUUUUUCUUUGAAUUCUGGUAUCUUGCACAUUUUCUGGCACAAAAUAGACACUUAAUCAAUACUUAUUUAUUGGUUGAUUUGGUUGAUAUGAAUUCAGGUUUAUUUAUUGUUGCUUUUAAGAUUUUUCUUAUUUGAUUUCUUAGCUAUAAUUUGAACAUCUUGCCUCUCAAGAUUUUGGGCCUUUCUUGUUUCAGCCAUUUUUUCCUUUUCUCAUUUGUUUCUGGUUUCUCUCUUAUAAUUAAUUACUAAUAAUACAGUAUUUGAAAGAAUCUUUUUCUUUUUUACUUCUUUCCUCUCCUCUUUUCUUCUUUUCCUCCUUUCCUCCCCUUCCACCUCCUCUUCCUUUUCUCUGUCUCCAUUCCUCUGGUCUGUCUUUUGUUUUUCAGCCCACUUCUUCUGUUGUUUAAGGGACUUUCAUUGUGUUAACCCAUGUUGCCUUGUGUCUCAGAUCCAUCUAUAAAUAAAUAGCUAAAAUUCAACAAGGCUUUUGAACAGUGGUUUAAAGUAUUUCUACCAGGGAGCCCAAGAAGAUUCUAUGUCUUACUGGUGGGAGACCCAAAGGGUAGGGAUAGGUCUCACUCAUGGCUUUAUUCACUUUUCUUAGCUUUGCCUUUUCCCCAGAGUCUAACAUUUUCCCGAAAGGGGAGCACAGGAGCGGAACUGAUGGCAGCUCUUCUUCUGACAGCCAGGCCCCAGGUGAGAUGUGCUUCUCUCUUCCUUUCUCAAGAUGGGAGAAUAUUGCUGUUACCUGAGGCUCGCUCAUGGCUCCUUCACUCAGCAUCUCUUCCGGUGGUGCUGAAUCCAGUGACCUGAGCCCUCGUUCCCUCUCGUUCCCUCUCUCUCAGUAGAGGAUGUAGCUAUGGGUACUGUCACUUCGUGAAUUGAAAACUGCUUUAGGGUCUUUGAGAAUUUGGCAAGUUUGUAAGAGAUCCCAGACUGGAAGCUAAGCUUCAUGGCUUCCAGUCAGGUGUUCUUUGUACUAUAACAUGUAACUUAGGUUUAUUUGUCCCCAUAUUUCUACCCUCGUUCUCUCCCUCCCCCAAAACCUCCUCCCCAGGUAUGCACACACAUACACACUCCAAACCCUUAGCCACCUUACCCUUUCCUUUCUGGGGCUUCUCAUUUUGCCCCUAGUCCUGGAUUAGACUGGUAUAAUUAUCCAUGGGGGCAGCAGGAACCUUUUCUUUUAGGAGUUGGUGACAUUUGAGGAUGUGGUCGUGUAUCUCACAAAAGAGGAAUGGGGACAGCUGGGCCCUGCUCAGAGGAGGCUCUACAGGGACGUGAUGCUGGAAAAUUAUGAGAAUGUCGUUUCACUGGAAAAAGAAAAUUGAAGACCUUAUGACAAAUCAGCUGAGUGUAAUGAAACCAAUCCCCAAGUUGGCCGUGUCCAAUAGAUAUCAUGCUCGACCCUGAGUCUGCUGCCCAUUGAGAGGUGGGUAGCACUAUCAUUAUCAGGUUUCUCCAAUUAUGUCUACUCCUUGAAUGGUCAAAGAGCUUGUUCAUAUGGGGAUAAACCAAAGAAAGUAAGGACUGCUUUAUGUCCAACAUGGUUAAAGUUUUUGAACGCCCACAGCCUCAAAUUGAAUUUCUCCUAUAUUCUUCUGUGUAUAAAAUAAGACUUCCUUUUGUCUUAAAACCUGCUCCUCUCUUUCAGAUUUAAGUUGGAGGGAAUCCCCCUUUUUCCCUUUGAUAACAUCCCCUGUCUGCUUUGCUCUUUUUGGACCCAAAAAAACUUAACUUUUUAGUAUCCUCACAUGAAGGACAGAUUAUUCCUUCUCCUUAAUCAUUGUUAUUGUUGACUUCCUUGGAACCCUUGAUCUUUUUCUGCUUGUGCGUGUGUGGUGGUGGUGCUGGUGCUGGUCCAGAUGUCUCUGAAUUGCUUGCAUUCAGACUUAGAACAGAGAGGAAUUUCAAAUCAUUGUGCUGGAAAGGCCUAUAGAUAUUAUCUCAUCUAAACCUCAUUUUAUAGAGAUAUGGAGCCUCCAAAAGGGUAAGUUAUUUGAGCUCCCACAACUAAGGGGAACCUGGAUCUCUUGAUCUUGCUUUUCCUACUGUGGAAUCUUUAAAACACUUAUCAUAUUUUUAUUCAAUUAAUUUUGUGGGAUCGUGAAGAGGGUAGUGUGGUAUAGUGGAUAAGACAUGGCUUUGGAGUUAGGAAGCCGUGGCUUCAAAUUCUUCCUCUGACACCUUAUAGGGGGCUCUGUGAUGGUAGGCCAGUUACUUAACUUUUCAGUGGCCCACAUAAGUCUUUUAAGUUGCAGACCAAGUACUGACCUGUGUGGUAGAGCCCUGAACUUCUUAAAUCUGUGAAAUCUCAGAUGUUAUGGUUAUUCUUAGCCCAGUUAACUUUAGGUUCUAGUAGAGAAAAUUCUUAUGGUAAGCCUUACUCUCCAUAGGUGUUCUUCAUUUGAACCUUUCUAGUUGUUUCUCUGUAAAAUCCCUGAACACAGUCUGGUUGGGACUGAGCUCUGGGGCAUCUCUGGGUCAGUCCUAAGACCAAAUGGCCACAUGUGGCUUCCUUUCCCACGAGCAGGAUUUCCUGUUUCCAAACCUGACCUGAUCUUCCAGCUGGAGCGAGGGGAAGUACCAUGCUUGCCAGAUCUGCCCAGAACUGAGGUUCAAGAGAUCCAUGGUGCUAAGAGCUCUGUGACUGAGAAAGAGGCAUCUAUUCCACAGCAGGAAGUUGGUGAAGAAGUGAAAAUCCAGGGAAUGUUGUCAGCAGGAUCCCCAGAGGGGAUUCACCAGGACUCUUUAGUUGGAGGACACUGUGACUUUGAGGGCAGGUUAGAGCGGCAGCAGGGAAAGCCUGUAGGAGAUAGGGCCCAUCCGUACGAUUCACAUCACAGCUUCACAAAUAAUUCAGACUUUCCAAAACAAAACCAGAGACAGGAGCAAAGGGUAGAGAAUGCCUAUGAAUGUAAAGACUGUGGGAAAACCUUCAGACUUAACAUAGAACUUAUUCAGCAUGAGCGAAUCCAUAGUGGAGAGAAACCCCAUGAAUGUGAGGCAUGUGGGAAAGCCUUCAAGGGACACUCAGAACUUAUUGAACAUGAGAGAAUUCACAGUGGAGCAAAACCCUAUAAAUGUAAGGAAUGUGGGAAAGCUUUCAGGAGGAGCUCAGGUCUUAGUAGACAUAGACGAAUUCAUAGCAUAAUAAAGCCCUAUCGAUGUAAUGAAUGUGGAAAGUCCUUUAAGAGGAGUACAGGCCUUAGUCAGCAUCAGAAAGUUCACAGUGGAGAGAAGCCCUAUGAAUGUAAUGAAUGUGGCAGAGCCUUCAAGGUUAGCACACACCUUAUUCGGCAUCAGAGAAUUCACAGUGGUGAGAAGCCUUUUGAAUGUAAUGACUGUAGAAAAGGCUUCAGGGAACAUUCAGAUCUUAUUAAGCAUCAGAGAAUUCAUACCGGAGAAAAACCCUAUAAGUGUGAUGAAUGUGGUAAAGCCUUUCGGGGGCAAUCCGGCCUUCUUGAACAUCAGAGAAUUCAUAGUGGAGCCAAACCAUUUGAAUGUAUUCAGUGUGGGAAGGCAUUCAGAAGGAGUUCAGAGCUUACCAAACAUCGACGAAUUCAUACAGGAGAAAAACCCUAUGAAUGUAAGGAAUGUGGGAAACCUUUCAGGCAAAGCUCAAGCCUUCUGGAGCAUCAGAGAAUUCAUACUGGAGAGAAACCUUAUGAAUGUAUUGAAUGUGGAAAAACUUUCAGGGGACCUUCAGAUCUUAUUAAACAUAGGAGAAUUCAUAGUGGAGCAAAACCUUAUGAAUGUAAUGAAUGUGGGAAAACCUUCAGGAGGAGUUCAGGUCUUAAUCGACAUCGGAGAAUUCAUAGUGGACCAUCACUCCAUGGAUGUGAUGAGUGUGGGAAGGCCUUUAGGAAGAGUUCAGCCCUUUACAGACAUCAAAAAACUCAUAGUAGUUAGAAACCCAGUGAAAGUAAGGAGUUUGGGAAAACUUUCAGAAAAUACUUGGAUUUUGUUAACCAUUAGACAGUUAAUAGUAAAGCAAAUCCCUGUUGAUCUAAUGAAUAGAGGAAAACCUUUUGGAAAAUAUCAGGGCUUAGUCAAUAUUGGAGAAUUCAAGUGACAGAAAAACUCAUGAAUUUUGGCUAUUAUUAUAACCGCAGUCUUAUGGACCAUCAGUGGACUAUAUGUCAUUGUACAUACUGAUAUAUGUAUAUAUGUCAGUGUAAUAUAUACAUCAUCAGAAAAUUCAUAAUGGAGAGAAACUUUGUGAAUGUAAUGAAUGUGAAAAACCCUUCAGUCAGAAUGUAGGCCUCAAUUAUAUUAGAAAACACAAAGCAGAAAAAUUGUGUAUGAAAAAUCUUUGUAUCAUUGUCAUGGUUUGCCUACCCAUAAGUGUAAUGAAAAUAAUUCACACUCACAUAGCACUUUACAGCUUAUGAAGCACUUUCUUCACUACAGCUACAAUUGAGCCAAUCUCCAUCAAAUAUUUUAAAACUUUUGGAAAGCACAUGACACAUUUUCUGUUACCUAAGUAUAGAGAAGAACAUCCCAUUGACAAUGUAGUAGUAAAUAUUCUUCAGUGUUUCUUCAGUUCAUCUCUUUUAGUCCCACCAUUGUAGGCCAGGCUCUUGAUUACUUCCCCUCUGGCAAUCUCUUUCCAGUGUUUCUUUCCUAUAAUUCAUUUGUUCCCAGCUUUCAGAUUAAUCUUCAGAAAAGAUUUCAUCAUGUCACUGUAUUGCUUAAAAACCUGACUUGGCAAUGGCAUUUAAAUAAGAAUGUCAUCCCUCAAGAGACCUACACAUGGUAUAGACAUUGGAUGUAUCAACAGUUCAAGAAGAAACCUGGGCCUCUGUACUGGGAAAAGGCCAUCCAUCCUCUCUGAGACUAAGAAUGAUUCACCCAGAAUGAAGAUUAGUUUUCUAUAGGAAAACUUCUCAACAGUAGUCUAAGCUAUUGUACAGUGUAAAUUGGAUAGCAUUUACUAAUGAAAUUGAGAUCUUUCCCCAUGUUACCAAUAUAUGGUCCAUCUAAAAUAUCAUAAAUGAAAAGUCUGAACACUUGGAAAUCCUAAGUAACCCAUUAUAAGAAUAUUGAUUUGAAAAAGCAUAGCAACAAAUACAAAUAGAAGGAUGGUGGUCCAAGGAGCCAGUGAUCUUAAAUCAGUUUCUUUGUGCAGAUUUUCCUCCUGGAGGAAAAAUGUACCUCUUGUCAAUUUUAUUUAUGAUUGUAAUUUAAUAAAUGUAUCCUGGAUUAUAAAUUUUACCCUUACCAAUUUAGUUAGCUUGAAUCAGCUGACUAGAUCCAGUUACUUCUGAAUGAAUCAAGACGUUUCUGAAUCUGCAUGCCAUAGUACAGUGGUGUCAAACUUAAGUAGAAACAACCCUACAGACUGUGUAUUGACUUAGAAAAACGUAAAUUAACUUAUAUUGUAUUGUAUUUUUAUUUUUAUUUAUUUCUUUAAACAUUUUGAGUUAUAUUUCAAUCUGGCUUUGGUGGCCAUGAGUUAUAUACUUUUACCAACCGAUAAGAGCACUGGACAUAGAGUUGAGAGGACCUGGAUUCAAAUCCCAGCUCAGACAUUUAUUAGUUUUAUGAUUGUGGACAAAGCAUUUACAGUCUCUCUGAGCCUCAGUUUCCUCAUUAGAAAAAUGAUGGAAUGGGGGGAGGGAAAGAAUUGGACUCUGGCCAUCAUGGUAUCUUUUAGUUUUAAAUGUCUGAUUCUGUAACCCAACCUAGGGAUCUCCCAAUCCAGGGGAAGCAACCGUCUGGCCUUAGCUAUUAUUUCCUAUCUUGGUGACCCAGAUUUCAGAAGUUAAAGAAUCAUCCUACUGUCUUUUUCUUCAGAGUGGUGGCCUCUAACAUGGUGGUUUGUGGACAACUGUACUAAUAACAGUGUAUUACCUAGAAAUGGCCAGCUUUGCUUUCUAUCCUGCUCGCUACAUAAGUAUAAAUUGCAAAGCAAUGGACUCUCAAGAAACUCAAAAGAUGUUUUAAUUCAUUGCAUUGAAAAAUAUUAUGAACCUAAGCAUCCUUGUAAAACAAAAACAGCUUUAAGCCCUAUUUGGAUUCAUCCAGAUUACCUUCUGAAGUUAAGGAUCUAGGUUUGAAUAACGACUGCUACUAACUACUUGUGUAAUCUUGGACAAGUUAUUUCUACUUUGGAAGCAGCAGACUCCUCAUUUACAAAAAAA